AUGACGCACAUCGCUCCUCUUCUCGCUGUCAUUUUCACAUCAUCACUCCUGCGCUGCGCGGCUGCAGAGGCAUCGAUCCUCUGCACCUGGACUAAGGUUUUGCCUAAUGAAGAAGUGCAUUUCAGUUUCCUCCGGAGAGACCCUCGGCAGGCGUCUCCAUCUCUGCGGUUCUACCACAGCGCCUGGUCCGGGGAGCGCGCUCUGCGCAGCUGCGCGUGGAGCGACGACGCAGCAGUGAUCCAGAACUAUUUAUCUCUGUGCCGGGAGCGCACGCACGAGUUCUCCGACCAUCCGGAUGGAAAGCUCGAUGUGGACUCCAUGUUGGAGACAGAGGAGCUGUGCGAGUCUGUGGCUGCCCUGGGGGACGGUGGGCGCCCGAGGCCGGCGAGGAGCGUCGGUGGACAUCAUCAGGGUCCAGCUGAAAGUUCAGAGGUCAGGGGCCAUCAGCGCGUAAAGCGCGGUUUCAUUGUGCCAGGGACUCUCUGGUGCGGCUCCGGCAACAAGGCGCCGUCAUAUGCAGAUCUGGGAGUUUUUGCAGAGACCGACAACUGCUGCCGUGAACACGACCAGUGCAAAAACACCAUCCUGUCCUUUCACUCCGAGUUUGGUGUCUUCAACAGCAACAUCUUCACCAUGUCUCACUGUGAUUGUGACAACAAGUUUCGCUCUUGUCUGAUGGAGGCCAAAGACCGCAUAUCCAAUGUGGUGGGAUACACCUUCUUUAACCUGCUGAAGAUGCAGUGCUUUAAGUUCUCCCACAAACUCCAGUGCAAAGAGAGAAACUGGUUUGGCAUCUGCAAAGACACCCAAAUGGCUCUAUAUGCUGAGGUUUAUCCGCCCAUGGCGUACGAGUCCCCUGAUCCAACCGAGGCCAGCAUGAACAGCUCCUUCACAAACACCACCAUACCCACAGACUCCAUCAAUGCUGCAGCGUUCACAGCCCCUACACCGUCAACGAGAAACACUUUACCGACCAAAAAACUAACUCAGUCUGAGCUGGAUAUCACAGAAAAGCAGCUGUCGUGUGCCGUCUAUAAGGAUCUGGACCAGUGCAGGAACAAGAUCCUUCCCCAGCGGAAGAGAUAUGGCCUCCACAACCCAGACGACAGGACGCUGUACCACUGCAACUGUACCACCAGGUUAUUCCAGACUUUGGCUAAACAGAGACAACUGACCGAAGUACAGGCUCUUCUGCUGGGACAUGUAUCUCAAUCCUGCUUCAUGGCGCAGAACUGCACAGCAGGCAAAAUCUGUCCAUCAGUUGUGGUGAAAGCAGAGCUUCCUCGGCUGGAGCAGAGCAGCAGAGCAGACACGGAGGAGGAGCGCCAUCUACAGGUUGUCCAACUGAAGGUCAGGAGGCCAAUCAUGAGGAGAGCUAAGAGGAAAGACAGAGCUAUCAGGCUUCACAAACUGUGUCUCAGGAUGGUCCGGCCCAAACUCAACCAGAACAAGACCAGAACACACGGUCAGGGCGCACAUCAGCCAGCUGUGUGAGGAAGAGCGCUCGUAUGAGUGCGAAUAGCCUACUAUGGAGAGUCAAAGGGUUCAAUGUUAAAUAGAUAAAUAACACAUUAUUUACGUUUCAUUCCAGCACUUUGUACGUCACAUUUUCCUUCCUCCAAAGUCUGUUGAUAUCU